AUGGAUGACUGGGAGAGAGAAACAGAGGCGAGCAGACGACAAUACGCCCACGUUCCCGGAAACCAAGAGGCAAUCUCCCACUGCUCAAGCCCGGUGGCCGCAUCUCCCCUCCCCAUUUCUCUCAGACCAGGGUCGAAUCCGGGGUACAAAAGGUCAAAGUGGGUUCGUCCCGGCCUCUGGCUGCGGGGUAAAAGGCACGAUCCUGAUGGGUGUGUGGAGGAACUGGAGCCUCCCUCACCUCUCGCCUCCCCUUCCCCGUGACCAGUGUCCAUGUGGAUGGCGAGGGGGAGGGGAAAGAGGCGUCGUGUCUCUGCACUACGAUUACUUUGUACUUCCUAGUGGGAAGAAAGUCGGGGAAAAGGGGACGGGAUCCACGGGUCAUGACCACUCAAAUGACAGGGAGGACGAUGGAUCAGUGAUGAAUCGAAAAGCAGAAUUGGCCAAAAACAUGGUCCUGGAUCCCCGUUCGGUCGAGCUUCGACUCGGUACUUUGCGCCGGAGCGACUUGGCGGCUAUGCGAUUGGCCCGCCUGCCGGCGCAAUACCCAUUUCGGCUCUAG